AAUAAAGUGUGUUAAAAAUAUAUGAAAAGGCUAAAUGUUUGUAGAAGCAGGUAGAAACAUACAAGUGACACCUCACAUGGUUUGAUUGUGCUGUUCCUCCACCAGAUAAUGCCACGUCUUGCUCCCCACCGUAGUAUAUUCAAUACGCGACUCCAUUUGCUUCAGCUCUGAACCGAUCGCUUUAGUUUCCCCCAAAUUGAAGUAUUACAUAACAAUGGAAACAAUUCGCGGAGAUAGGGAACAUGGGCUUUUACAUUAUUCUAGCCGUGAAACUGGAUUUCUUCACCCCCGGAACUUCGCUCGCCGUAUCUACUCUUCUCAGGCUAUUGUGAAGCGAAUUGGUCUAUACGGGAAGUUAGAAGGUCAUGAGGGCUGUGUAAAUGCGAUUGAGUUCAACUUUAGUGGUGACCACCUUGUGUCGGGAUCUGAUGACCGACAAGUUAAGUUCUGGAAUUGGGCAACUAAAACUUUAUCUCUUUCUUAUUCAUCUGGUCACAUAGACAACAUUUUCCAGACCAAGAUUAUGCCAUUUACCGAGGACAGGAAAAUUGUUACUUCUGCUGCUGAUGGCCAGGUCAGACUUGGUGAGGUGUUGGAGAAUGGCUGUGUGGAAACAAAAAGGAUAGGUAAGCACCGAGGCCGUGUGCACAAUCUUGCUGUGGAGCCAGGAAGUCCUCAUACAUUCUAUAGCUGCGCGGAGGAUGGUUUUGUUCAACAUUUUGAUUUGAGAAGUAAUCGUGCGACAAAGCUUUUUUGUUGCUCCUCCUUGACGGAGAACAAUCAGCAGUCAUUGGGAAACAUCAGGUUGAACGCCAUUGUCAUCGAUCCCAGAAAUCCUAACUUUUUUGCCCUAGGAGGGUCCGAUGAAUAUGCACGUGUCUAUGACAUCAGGAGAUACCAGCUGGAUGCAUCAAGUAAUGUAGACAGACCCGUUGAUACGUUUUGUCCAGGUCACCUAAUUAAAAGUCAUCAAGUUCACAUCACGGCAUUGUCUUACUCCAGCAGCAGUGAACUCUUAAUUUCUUACAUGGACGAGCUUAUCUAUUUAUUUAAGAAGAAUAUGGGGUUAGGUCCUAGUCCAUUGUCUGUCGAAAGUCAACAGUUGCAGAGCCUUGAAAAACCAGAGAUGUAUUCGGGUCAUAGGAACUCACAAACAAUAAAAGGAGUGAGUUUCUUUGGUCCCAAUGAUGAGUAUGUUAUGAGUGGAUCUGACUGUGGUCGUAUAUAUAUCUGGAAGAAAAAAGGAGCUGAACUUGUCCGUGUAAUGAUAGGUGAUAGACACAUUGUAAAUCAACUGGAGUCCCAUCCCUCUAUCCCUGUUAUUGCUACUUGUGGAAUUGAAAAGACUGUAAAGCUUUGGGCUCCAUCAUCAAAAGAAUUUCCUCCUCUGCCUCACGAUCUCGAAGAGAUUUUGGAGUCUAAUAGGCAAAGCCGAGAACAUAAUUCACGGGUCACACUUUCCCCGGAUGUAAUAAUGCAUGUUUUGCGGCUGCACAGGAGGCAAGCAUUGGCUUAUAUUGAGAGAAGAUAUACCAGAGCUGAUGUUGAGAGUGAUGAAGAGGACAUUGAGGCUUUGUUUGGCUUUCCAGGUGGUGAUGCUUCUCCGGAAGAUGGUGGUGCUACUGGGGACUCCACAGACUGCAACAUAAGUUAGACUUGAGUAUCUUUGCAAGCAGUACCUUAAAGUUUUCCAGGAUAUGUGACAUUCCUGUGGUAAGCACACAGCCUAUAACAAAUGCUGUGAAGGAAGUUGGGAGAUUUGUGGCCAUGUAUAAUGUAAAUAGUUUAGAUCCUGGUCUGAAGUGAGCUUGGUCGGUUCAAUACCAGUCCAAUACACCGGAUAUUACUUAUUUGGUUGAUUUAUUUUUUCUUUGUACCUCUAUCUUCAAGUAGUCAUAGACUUUUGUAGUUCUUAUAUUUUGAAAUAAAUGUAGUUAGAUAUUUUCAGUUAUAAAUUU